GACAGAGCGGCCGCUGCUUUAUCCCGGUCCGCUUAGGAUGGAUCAGAGGAGAGCUGAACCGGACCCCAACAACAGCAUCAACCCGGUUUCGCUGUACGGGGAAUUCACGCUCGCAGGUAACCGAAAAGUCCGGUGUACCGUGAGCUUGACCGAGAGGGACCUCAUCGUCCAGAGGCUCACCUCGGCACCUGUCGGGCGGAACAAGGUGAUGCUCAGCCUGAAGGACUGCGUCGGUUGCCGGGCUUACCGGGAAGAUGACAACGCGGACCCGGCUGCGUACUUAGCGGCGCACUUCUACCCGCUCAGACGGCGCUGGAUGAGUUCCGGGGUCUCGCGGCAGAGAGCGGAGCACUGCUUUCGUCUCGCCGCGCUCCAGGACCCGCGCGCUAAUCUGGAGGAGGCGGAGAAGUGGGCUCGCGCUGUCCGAGAACGCUCUGUACGGCUACAGUCACUAAGAAUAGACGGGGUGUCGAUGAGUGCGCUGUCUCGUCCGAGCCGGAUGAUGCUGCUGGUGAACCCGCAGAGCGGCAAAGGACAGGCCCUCACUCUCUACAACAACCACGUCCAACCAAUGCUCAGCGAGGCGGGAGUCACACACACUCUGGUCAUCACCGAGCGGCAGAACCACGCCCGAGAGCUGGUGAAGGAGGCCGACCUGUCACAGUGGGACGCUUUAGUCAUCAUGUCUGGAGAUGGACUUCUGUUUGAGGUGAUAAACGGUCUGCUGGAGAGACCAGACUGGGAGGAGGCCGUCCGGACCCCGCUGGGUAUCCUACCUGGUGGAUCAGGCAACGCAUUGGCUGCAUCCGUGCAUCACUACUCUGGAGCCUCGCUGGUGUCCACUGAGGAGCUCCUGGUCAGCUGCGGUUUCCUGCUCUGUCAAGGGCUCGUGGCCCACAUGGACCUGAUCUCCAUCCAUCUCUCCUCCGGCCCUCGUCUCUUCUCCUUCCUGUCGCUGGCCUGGGGCUUCGUGGCCGACGUGGACAUCGAGAGCGAGAAGUACCGUCACGCCGGAGCCGCCCGGUUCACCGUUGGCACGCUGGUGAGGCUGGCUUCUCUCCGCGUCUACAAGGGCAAGCUGGCCUACCUGCCCGCCACCGAGGACGACCACAGCGAGGACGAGGGUUCAGGAAAUAACACGACGCUGCGUUGUAACAGUCAGGCUUCCUCCUUAGCUCCGUCCAGAGACUCUCCCUGCCAGAACACCUUCCACAACUCCUGCCACUCCAACAACUCCCACAAGGUGAGGAGGACGGAGAGCACGCCUCGUCAGAGCGCCUCCAAAGCCCCCGGCGGCCCUCCUGACACCCUGCUGCCGCCUCUGGACCACCCGUUGCCCAGCGACUGGGUGGUGGUGCAGGAGGAAGACUUUGUCCUCAUGCUGGCCAUGUACCAGUCCCACCUGGCGGAGGACCUGCUGGCAGCACCAGACGCCACCUCGGACGACGGCGUCAUCCACAUGUUCUACGUCAGAGCGGGGAUAUCGCGCGCCGCCCUGCUGAAGCUGUUCCUGGCUAUGGAGAAGGGGGAACAUCUGGCUACUAACUGUCAACAUCUGGGGCACGCUAAGGUGCGGGCGCUCAGGCUGGUGCCACAUUCACCCAAAGGGACAAUCACAGUAGAUGGAGAAGUGGUGGAGUACGGGCCGGUGCAAGCAGAGGUACACAGAGGGCUGGCGAGGUUAAUCACUGGAUGAGCAAACAUCACCACCAGCUGGCAUCGCUGCUGUGAGAGGCACAAUAAACACAGUUGAGCUUUUACAAUCACAAAUAGCAAAGCAAUGAAUGUAAGACUCAUUCACUGUUAUCCGUAACGUUAGAGGAUUUCCUCUCUGUGCUGGAGCUGACCUACCAACAUGAAUCAUGGCAGGCUGGGCUAUGUAUGCCUUCAUGGCUCCUCUGCAGUACUUUGGAGACGCUGUGUCUGUGUGUGUGUGUGUGUGUGUGUGUGUGUGUGUGUGUGUGUGUGCGUGUUGCAUUAAAUGUGAGGAAGUGGGGAUGUGAUCGAGGAGUUGUCGUUGAUCGUUUAUUGAACACAGAGCCUCAAACACUCAAUUAAGGCCACAAAGCCUAGAACACCAGUAAAUAUAACUAUUGAUAUUUAUUUUGAAGAGAGAAUAUAUUCCUAAUAUUAAACAAUAUCAUAGCCUGUUUGUCCUGGUGGUGGAGUCAUUGGUAGUUCUGACAUCAUCUUGAAUAAUGACUCAUUUCUCUUCUUCUAGUCUCAGAACAUGUGCGAGUUUUAUCAUUUGAAUCUUUUUUUCAACAAUUUUGAGAAAUUGCUUUUUAUUUUACGAGGUUUUGAAACAUCUGGGGUUUUGUUUGUUGUGCUCAAAGUCAUCAGAAGUUUAUAUCGGGACUAUUUCUUCAAUACAAAGAAGUUCCUGUGAAUGGUUUUCACAGUGAGGUCUGAGGAUUACCCGAAGUAACCAGGACAUGUUGUCAGGAAAGAGAUGACAUUAAAGCUCAAAUAAAACCCAAACUAUCUGCAUGACUAGAUCCCACUAGAGCUCAAAGACAACAUACUGGGGUUUCUUUACUUUACUUCCUGGACCGAGCUGAACAUCACGGGCCGAUGAUAACAGGGUAGAAGUGUUCAGUGUCUCCUGCAGCGCUCUGGUUCUGGACGGGUGAUUGAUGUGUUUUUAGUGCCUCAGUUCUCUCCAAGAUGGCAUCCUCCAUCCUGACACACCACUCCUCUUCUUCCUCCUCUGCUCUCAUCCAUUCAUCUGCUGCUUUAAGCACUGCAGUCCCAGGCUCCAGUGUCACUGUCCCCAGCUGCGCUUCAGACACACACACACACACAGAGUCCCUAUGGGAGAUUUACUAAUCAUUAUCACCUAGGUGUCCUUACCAUUGAGCUUUAGGGAAAUGAUGACAGAGGCUUCAGGCCUACACGAGGAGUAAAGUCAGAUUUUUAAAUGUGUUAUUCAUUGUGAUCCAAAUCUCUUCAGAGGUACCGUUCAAUCAUUUUACAAAGAAAUCUGCUUUUCUUUGUCUGAGUGGAAGUGAAAUGGACUCUUGAGCUAGUUGAAACAGCACAUUGGUGAGCGUAGGGAGGAGAGAGGGGGGGAGGGAGGAGAGAAGGGAGG